CGUCAGUUCCAAUUCAACCCACAGUCGAGGUGCGUGCGCCGUGUACUGUACUGUACUGUACGUAGGAGAGUCAAGGCCGAUGCUGCCGAUUCGUAAAAUUCGUGAAAGGGCACGUCAAAGGCUUCGCGACUGUGGGACUUCUCGCUCAUUCCGACCCAGGCAUUCCGUUCAGCAAAACUCUCCAACAUGUCAAGGGGCUCAAUGAACGAACACGGUUUGACAACGACGUUCGACCCAACGGACAAGAUCAGGAUAUUAGUGGUCGGGGAUGCUGGUCGGUGUAGGCAAAACCAGUCUCGUACACGCACUGUGUCAAGGCGAGCCACUGCGGACGCCGGUGCAUACCGUAGGGUGUAGUGUAGACGUCAAGAUACAUCGCUACACCCGAACAAACCGCAACUACUUCGUCGAAUUCCUCGACAUCGGCGGCUCCUCCAAACAACGCAACUCCCGUUCCAUCUUCUACCCCAACGCAAACGGCGUCAUCCUCGUCCACGACGCAACCAACAAGAAAUCAUACCAGAAUCUAUGGAGAUGGAUAGCGGAGGUGUUCAACGCGGCCACGUUCAAAUCUGGGACUAUGUCGCCACUGCCUACCAUACGGGACUCAAUGUAUAAGAAUGAUUUCGACGUCGAUGUGCGUGUAGGAGAGUCAAGACCGAUGCUGCCGAUUUUGGUGGUGGGGACAAAGACGGAUCUGAUCACCGACACCUUACAAAGACGGCGGACGAGUAUUGCGGAUGAAUAUGGAGGGGACUGCAUCAACCUGGUAUGCCCUUGCUGCCGAAUCAGUGUGGGUCUACGCGUCAGUCACUCAUGGCAGGACGUAUGUAGUCCACAUUCCAACCACUAGCACUCAAUCCUGUCACCGAACGCAUUGAUUCCUUCCUCGACGGCGUCAUCGACUCCAAAACAAGAACUCCAAUGUCACUCUCACACGGCUAUUCGAGUACAAACCUCUCCGCUUCUGCACCUGAUCUAUCUGGAUCUGGAAUGUCCGGCCAGAGCAAUAUAUCCCCGGAGAUGCAGCGGAGGAGGAUACCGCCCGCAGGCAUGUUUGGGCUGCGACCAGGAAGUCCGUCAAAAGCUGCGCCGACGACGCUCGCGGGAUCGACGGAGUUGUGGAGAGCGAAACCCGGGGAGGGCUUCAAGAGGCCACGGUAGAUGAUGUCGGUCAUGUCGACUGGGAGAUCCGAAUGCACCUCUGCGCCAUAGCCUUCACUUUCUUUCAUUUUCUGGUGCAAUAGCAUCUCAUCCGACUUUUUUUCCAAUGAAGAGCGAGCCAGCAUCUGAACGAAGA